AUGGAGAAGUUGGUGGAGGAGUACCCCUAUAUAGCAGUAGAUGGAUGCUUCCCGGGGGUGGUGGCAAGGCCCACUGGUCCGUUCAAAAAUGAUACGGAGAGAAAUUAUGAGAUUAUCAGAACUAAUAUGAGCCUCGUAAAAAUACUACAACUAAGUCUGGCAUUUUCUAAUAAGAACGGCGAAGUGGCUGGGCAUCCUGGAGACGUUCGAAGGGCGAAUGGAAGUGACCGGCCGCCCCCAGCUUGUGUGUGGAAAAUCAAUUUUCACUUCGACGUUCGGAAGGAUAUUUAUUGCGCCGAGACGUUGAAGCUGCUGAGGGAACCUACAAAGAAGGGAGGUGCCGGCAUUGACUUGAAGGCGCAUCUGAAGCGGGGCGUGAGCGUGGAGAGAUUCUCGGAGCUUAUCACGGGAAGCGGCCUGGUGUUGUCGCCUGAUGUGACGUGGAUAACUGCGAGUGGUGGUUUCCUAUUCGCCGGGUUGGUGAAAAUGCUGUCCGGCCAGGCUCUACCGAAGGCUGAAGUGGAGUUCUCGGAGAUGUGUUAUGAGUACUUCCCUCACAUCUGGGAUAUGAGGCUAAUCAGGAGAGGUUCGUCGAGGUGUGGUAUGGGUAUGUCUCGUGGAGGAGGGGCUCCGCACGCAUGCGCAUCAUCGGAGAAGGCUAAUUUGGAGGUUGAAACGCCGUCCACUUUAACACUUCUUGAGAACUUCUUCCGAUAUGAUGGCAGAAGUGGUAGAAUGAUGAGUUCCUCUUCCGACGACUCUUCCGAGCCGCCUCCAGCAGUGCUCCCUUUUUCUGCUAUGCAGAGGAGGGCGACUACGACGAAGUGGUGGCUAGCGAGUGGUGGUGGCGGCAAGGAGAUAAGGAGGAAAUCUCAAUUUGGUUUAGAGGAGUUCUCUGCGUUGAAUUUAGAGAGUCCUGCAUCGGUGUGGCAAGAUAAAGGAGAGGAGGUAAUUUCGUGGCGCGUGAAGCUGAGGACGGAAGUGGAGGCAGAAUAUGAGGAGGCGACCAGUGAGAACAAAGAAGGUUCUGCUGAUGCCAUCACGACACCCGCUAUGAAGAAGGAACAGCCGAAUGGAGUUGUCCAAACGCCGCCUCCACCACCCCCUGGCCGUCCACCUCCUCUAGAUGCUCGUUCGACUUCGGGCUCUAACGCGUCACCGGUUGAUCGUGGAGAGGAGGAAGGGCCGCCUCGCUAUAAGCAUCCACUUCGGCACCCCAAGUAUCCGAAUGGGGCCCCUCCUCCUAUGUAUACGAAGGAGGUCCGCAUUGCUGGCCUCGUUGGUAUCGAUUCUGGUUGCCUUAUGCUACGAGAUACAUUUCGAGUGUCUCCUCCAGAGGGUAGGUGUUGA